CAGAGCCUGUAUUUUGCUUUGCAACUAAAGGUAGUUGUGUAUCACAAGAGGAAGGCGGGGAGAUAGGAAGAACGAGGAGGUCCUUCGGUGAAGCAGUUCCUGAAUGAACUUAUACACAGCGCGUAUUAGUAGCCGGUAACUUUGUAUAGCUGCCAUCAUCACCAUGCCAGGAGUCCUGGGGGCACCACCGUUUCAGGGCAUGCUGCUGCUCUGCUCCACACUGCUCACGCAAGCUGUUGCAAGCCCCCCUCACAUUGUGUUUGUUCUAGCUGACGACCUAGGCUGGAAUGAUGUCGGUUUCCACGGGUCUGAGAUCAAGACCCCCAGACUGGACUCUCUGUCUGCCCAGGGGGUGAGGCUUGGAGGAUACUACGUGCAGCCUCUGUGUACCCCAUCCCGCAGCCAGCUUCUCAGCGGCAGGUAUCAGAUACACACAGGAUUACAGCAUGAGAUAAUAUGGCCCUGCCAGCCUAACUGCCAUCCUCUAGAUGAAAAGCUUCUGCCACAACUGCUAAAGGAUGCUGGGUAUAUCACACACAUGGUGGGAAAAUGGCACCUUGGCAUGUAUAAGAAAGACUGCCUGCCAACACGCAGAGGAUUUGACACGUAUUUUGGCUACCUGACAGGUAGUGAGGAUUACUAUAGCCAUCAAAGAUGUUUGGAAAUCACAGCCUUGAAUGUGACACGGUGCGCUCUUGAUUUCCGAGACGGAGAAGCAGCGGCCACAGGAUAUCAGAAUAAAUACUCAACUAAUCUGUUUACAGAGCGAGCUGUGGAUCUCAUAACCAGCCACAGGGCUGACAAGCCUUUGUUCCUUUACCUAGCUUUCCAGUCAGUUCACGCACCUCUGCAGGUUCCUGAGCAAUACACAAAUCCUUAUAGCUUCAUAGAAGACAAAAACCGGCGUCUGUAUGCUGGGAUGGUGUCUGCUUUGGAUGAAGCUGUUGGAAAUGUUACAGAUGCUCUGAAGAAGCAAGGUCUUUGGGAUAACACAGUGUUCAUAUUUUCUACAGAUAAUGGUGGCCAGACCUUGGAAGGUGGAAAUAACUGGCCUUUGAGAGGAAGAAAGUGGACCCUUUGGGAAGGAGGAGUGCGUGGAGUUGGUUUUGUUGCAAGUCCUUUGUUAAAACAGAAGGGUGUAACUACUCAUGAGCUCAUCCAUAUAUCGGAUUGGUUGCCUACCUUAGUGCACCUUGCUGGAGGAUCUACCAAUAGCACCAAACCUCUUGAUGGCUUUGAUGUGUGGGACACCAUUAGUGAAGGAAGUGCAUCCCCUAGAGUAGAGAUCCUGCAUAAUAUAGAUCCUCUGUAUGAAGAUACAACUCCAUGCUCCACAAGUAAUGAAACUACAAAAUCUAUAACCAGCGGCUCUUCUUCGAAAUGGGAAGAUUCUUUGUUUAAUGUGUCAGUUCAUGCUGCAAUACGACACGGGAAAUGGAAACUGUUGACUGGAGAUCCAGGUUGUGACCGCUGGUUUCCACCCCCGUCUGAUUACUCAGAUGUUCCAUCAACUGAUUAUGCAUACAAAACACUGUGGCUGUUUGAUAUUGUAAAUGAUCCAGAAGAAAGACGCGAUUUAUCAAGCAAGCAUCCCUUUGUGGUGAAGAAGCUGCUUGAACGACUUGAGUACUAUUACAACACUUCUGUACCAGUACGUUUUCCAGAUGAUGAUCCGAGAUGUGAUCCGAAAGAUGCUGGAAUUUGGGGUCCUUGGGAAUAAUAUUUAUUUCAUGGUUAAUAUUUAAAAAUUAAAUUGGAUGCUGCAAUGGUUGUAUUCGUGUAUUUUAGUAGUUUUAAUCACAUAGCCUUAAAUCAAAUUUAGUAGACCAAAAUUUGAAGCCUUAAAAGGAUAUAAAACAGUCUGUUUCAUUGUUGUAAUAAAAAAGCACUAUGUGGUGGGUUUUACUUAAUAGAAA